AUGAUGCUCGCCGCCGUUUAUCUGUUCGGGAUCGACGGCGCUGCGGUUCUCCACCUUGAGAGAAAUUUGCCUUUGCCGUCGAACUCGACUUCCAUUGAGCAGCUGACAGCUCGGGAUCGAGCCAGACAUGAGAGGAUCUUGCGAGGAUCCACCGCCGUCCAUGGAGUUGUCAGCUUCCCGGUUUACGGUUCAGCGGAUGCCAAUAUUUUCGGACUGUAUUACACAACAAUAAAUCUUGGGUCGCCACCAAGGGAAUUCAAGGUGGUGAUCGACACCGGGAGUGAUGUCUUGUGGGUGAUGUCCAACACCUGCGUCAAUUGUCCACGCUCCAGCAAUCUACAGAUCCAGCCUACGUUUUUUGAUACCACUGCCUCCUCAACUGCACGCGUCAUUCCUUGUACACACAAGGAUUGUGCUCCAUUCAAUCGGAGCGGCACUGCUUGGUGUCCAAGGAGCGACCAAUGUGGCUACACCAUCCGGUAUCUCGAUUCGAGCGCAACUUCUGGGGUCUACGUGAAAGAUGAGUUCCAUUUCGAUUCGCUGUUGCCUGGUUCAAGAAUCGCAAAUUCCUCGUCGGCGCCGAUUGUGUUUGGGGUUAGUACCUACCAGUCGGGACACUUGAUCGACACCAACAAUGUAGCUGACGGAAUUCUGGGGUUUGGCCGUGGAGAUCUCUCCGUUCCCUCACAGUUAUCUUCCAGAGGGUUAAUACCGCGAGUCUUCGCUCACUGCCUCAAGGGAGAUGGAAUGGGAGGUGGUACUUUUGUCCUCGGCAAGAUUUUGGAGCAAGGCAUUACAUAUACUCCGCUGACUCCUAACAAGCAGCUUUACUUUGUAAAUCUACAGAGCAUUGCGGUCAAUGGAGAUAUGCUGGCUGUUGAUCCAGUGGUGUUUACCAAUCGCGGGACAUUCUUUGACACAGGCACGACUUAUGCCUAUCUAGUCGACGAGGCUUAUAACCCAUUUGUCAACGCUGUCACAGCCGUUGUUUCCCAAUCCGCAGCUCCUGCAAUGAGAGAGGGGUUUCAGUGUUACCUCGUCGAUGUAUCUGUAUCUCAGCUGUUUCCUGCAAUGACCUUGAAUUUUGCUGGUGGCGCUUCUCUGGUUCUAAAACCAGAGGAGUAUCUUGUCCAGUCUGUAGUAAGUCUGGACCCUGCUGGGAUGUGGUGCUUGGGUGUUGGGAAGCAUCCAAAGCUAACAAUCUUAGGAGAGCUGGUGCUGAAGGAUAAGAUCUUCGAGUAUGAUCUAGUCCAUCAGCAGAUUGGAUGGACCCACUUCAACUGUUCAUCGACACCAAAUGUCUCCGUUUCAAGAGAAUACUUCGUCAAUUCCGUGCGUUCGAGACUGAGUACCUGCGCAGGAUUGCUCCCUCUAGCCAUUAGCACUUAUGCCUUCUUGUUUGUCAUCUAGUUAAGAUUACUUCUCAUAGUAUGUAACAGAGAACUUGGAUG